UCUCUCGUCGCCAGAGGGCCGGAACCCGGCCUCCCCUGGGAUUCCAAGCCGUCUCCCCAGCUGGCCCGAGGCUAGUCUCGAGUCUCAGAGGCCCCCGGCCCGCCAGGAGAUGCAGCCCCUGGGAGUGCGACCAGCCGGCAGAGAGAUGCUCCGCAACUCCAGCCUCAGGGAAGGCCUCGUGCAUGUGGAUAAGACCCGGAAGGGGCAGGACAGGGACAGGGAAGGAGUGUGGUUAGGGGCAGGGGGAGCCCUGGCCCCCAAUACCUCCUCCCCCUCCCCCUCCGAGCCUCCGGGGGCCUCAGGCAGCAUCAUCCCUGUCUACUGUGCUCUCCUGGCCACAGUGGUCCUUGGCCUGCUUGCCUACGUGGCCUUCAAGUGCUGGCGCUCACACAAGCAAAGACAGGAGCUGGCCAAAGCUCGGACUGCAGAGCUGGGGGCCCUCGACAGGGACCAGAUGCACGGGGACAGCAGUGUCUUGCGGGACUCUUCCAGCGGUCGGGAGUGCUGUGGCCCCAGCCAGGGGCCACAUCCUGAGCUCGGCUGCCAGCUCUACCUCCAUCUCCCUCGGCAGCAGCAAGAGGAAGUGGAGCGGCUCCUGGGAGGGUCAGGAGAAGCGGACAAGGGCUGGCAGGGCCUGGCGGGCCGCCUGGGCUACCAGGCUGAAGCUGUGGAGAUGAUGGCCGGGAGCCAGGCGCCUGCCUCCGCUCUGCUGAGGGACUGGGCUGCCCGGGAAGGCAGCGGUGCUACCCUCAGGGUGCUAGAGGGCGCCCUGGCCGCCAUGGGCCGUGAGGACGUGGUCCGGGCCCUCGGCCUCCCACCGGAGGGCUGCUCUGUGGUGUGAGCUGCGCCUCCGCAGCCUGGCCUCCCGGGGUGCGGGCCCUGGUGCUACCUACCCUGCCCACCUCACAUGCCUUCCCUUCCGUGGGCUUCCUCGCAUUGGUGGGCUCAGCCUGCUCCGUCUUCAGGGACACAGAGGGUCCAGCCACUCCACACCUCCCCUUGCCCUACCUUCCUUGGAGCCAGAGACCAGGAUAUGGGGGGGGUUGGCAGCAAGCCAUGGCUGGUCUCCCUCCCCCUCCCCUUCCUUUGCCGUAACUGUUGCUCCUUCCUGUGUGUUCCGUAUUAA